UGUUAUUGGCCAACACUAUCGGCCGGCCGGCACGCCGGUGCGCCACUGUACGUACCUCAAAAUCUGCAUCGUAGUGCUGCGAUUAGAUACGGGGCAGAGCACGCGGCCAGCCGGCGGGACGACGUUUAUGGCAGGAGAUAAAGAGAGAGCCAUUGAAAUGGACUAAGCAAUGUGGCGCGCCGCGACCGACCACCAGCACCUAGUCGUCGAGCAGGACCGCAUCCUGCAGGACCACAGCGACGCCGCAGACGCCACAGACGCCGCCGACGCCGCAGACACCAUGACGGCCGUGGGAUUCAAGGGCGAGAAGGAGCCGACGGUGGACGGGGGGAGGCUGACGUGGAACCUGAUGAUCAGCGUCAUCGCCUCCCUCUGCGGGAUGUUCACGUUCGGCUACAACACGGGCGUCAUCAACUCGCCCAAGACCGACAUCAAGAACUUCAUCAACAGCGUGUACCUGUCGCGGUACGGCCAGGCGGCGGACGACGCCCUGGCCGAGUCCCUCUUCUCCUACAUCGUGGCCGCGUUCGCGCUGGGCGGGCUGGUCAGCGGCCCCCUGGCGGGGCUGCUCGCCGAAGGCCUCGGCAGGAAGGGUGGUUUACUGCUCAUAAGCGCCGUUGGCGUUGUAGCCUCGCUCUUGUUGGGCUUUGCCAACCUGGCGGCCUCCCACGAAAUGUUGUUGGUGGGCCGCUUCCUCAUUGGCGCUUGCUCCGGGCUGUUCACGUCGCUGUCGCCGAUGUACAUCUCUGAGGUGGCCCCGCUGGCGAUGCGCGGCGCGCUGGGCGUGUGCAACCAGCUGAGCGUGACCAUCGCGCUGCUGGUGGCGCAGCUGUUGGGGGCGGACUUCGGCCUGCAGCGCUGGGACGUGCUGCUGGGCAUCAGCGCGGUGCCGUGCGUGGUGCUGCUCGUGCUGCUGCCGCUGUGCCCGGAGUCGCCACGCUUCCUGCUCGCCUCCGGCCGCGUCGACGCCGCCGAGAACGCGCUGUCCUGGCUGCGCGCCGCGCCCGCCUCCCACGUCCACGCCGAGGUCCAGGCCAUGAAGGACGAGGAGGAGGGCGCCGAGCCGGCCAUGGGCUUCCUGCAGCUGGUGCGCAACUCGUCGCUGAGGAAGCCGCUGCUCGUCGCAGCUGUGCUGCAGCUGUCCCAGCAGCUGUCCGGCAUCAACGGGGUGCUGUACUAUUCCACCGACGUGUUCACCAAGGCGGGGCUGGACGAGUCCACGUCCAAGCUGGCCACGGUGGGCACGGGCGGCAUCAUGGUGCUGAUGACGCUGGUGUCGACGCAGUUCGUGGACAGGCUGGGGCGCCGCGCGCUGCUGCUGCUGGGGCUGGUGGGCAUGUUCGUGAGCUCGCUGGCCGUGACGGCCACGCUGGGCCUGGCCAACGAGGGCGCCGUGGUGCGCGCGCUGGCCGUGGUGUCGGUGCUGGCCUUCGUGGUGCUGUUCUCGCUGGGCCCCGGCUCCAUCCCCUGGCUCAUCACCGCCGAGCUCUUCUCGCAGGGCCCGCGGCCCGCCGCCAUGGCGUGCAGCGUGACCGUCAACUGGGCCGCCAACCUGGUGGUCAGCCUCGCCUUCCCGCCCAUGCAGGUCGCCCUCGGCUACCUCGUGUUCGCGCCCUUCUCCGUCCUGCUCUUCUUCUUCUCGCUCUUCACGGCGCUGCGCGUGCCCGAGACCAAGAACAAGACCUUCAGGGAGAUCGCCGACUCGUUCAGAUGAAGCGGAGGCCGUGCCGGCCGAGGCCACCCCUUGCCCUCCGUGCUGGCGCGCGGAGUACCGUCAUCGCGAGGCAGGGGGUAGCGACGACCGCCCCGACCUCACCCCCAGUGGAGUACCGUCAUCGCGAGGCAGGGGGUAGCGACGCCCACCCCGACCUCGGAGCUCAUCAAAGGAUGCAGGCUGUGCUAUUUAUGUGCGAUUUUUACUCGAAGCGGACCCCGAUGUAUCCAGGUUCUUCCCGCGAGGCGAUGCUCAUUGUGAUAUUUGACCCCGUGCGGUCACCCGUGCUCAUUUUGACGAUCUCACGAUGAUCACGUGAUCAAAAGUACUGAUGCUAUAAAUCACUCUCAACAGCGGGACACACUGAUGUUCGCAGUACAGGAAGACUGAGCCAAAGUCGGCUCUGUACAUGUUUGUCAAAAAAUUACUGAAAGUCCUCUUUGUGAUCAAUAUUCUGUAAGCGACACAUUCAUUACUUCACUCAUACUCAUUCCAUUCAUUUAUUACUCACUCAUCCACUCAAUCAUUAGAUUAAGACCAUAUCUUACUCAGCUCAUUGUAAGUUCUUCAUAACAUGCUCUGUCAUCUUAGAUUGUAAGUAUUUUUGUAAAUACGAUUAGUCCUAAACGAA